CGCCAGCGAUCGCCGCUCAGCUCCUUCAGCUCGUCCGCGAUAUGGGGUCUCGCCUUGGCUUCUGACACGCACUUCUAAGGCGCGAACGCCGCGGCCUCCUCACCUUACCGUGUUCCUCCGCACGCUCCUAGAACCGUCGCCUCUGCUUACCAGUAGCAAUAGUGGCUCUUCUUUUUCUUCCGGCUCAGAUACAGCACUCACACGCGACUACUUGCUUCCUCGCUCGUCGAAGUUACCAGCUAGGCCGUGGACAGUUCGUCGCUCUACCGUGCGUUGAAGUCUCCGAACACUUUUGCACGUACGCAGUAGCCAGUUGUCGAGCAGCAGUUUGUUCAGCAAGACCGGUUUCUCAGCCGUGCUUUCGCACUCGUGUCAGCUCUCGCCUUGUACAGGUCGGAUUAACCAAUGGCGCUGCUCAACUUUAGCGCUCCUUUCGCUCACGCGCCGGCCACGCCGUCGCCGUUCUUCGCCGCCGCCGCGUCUGCCUCUGCCAUCGGUGGCCUCAAUACGGCGUCGGCUGUCAACACGCUCCUCUACGGCCCCCAGGGGCCGCCGUUCGCGUCUCCCCCGCCGCCUCCGGCACCGUCGCGACGCUCACAGCCCGGGCCGCGACAAGGAAUCCCGCGUCCUCCGCCGCCCGUGCCGGCGGCGGCAGCGCAACAACAGCAGCAACAGCAACAGCGUUUCUACGGUGACGGCAGCAGGAGUGGUGGCAGCGACCUGCCUCCCAGACCGUCAGGGUACACUCGGAUCGAGCAGCCGUCGGACUUGGCCAGUCAGCAGACGGCCAAGACCACUCUGCACGCGGUGCUCGAUUACGACGACGACUUUGACGAUUACAGCUACGAGGACGACGAUGUACCGCCGGAGCUGCCGUCCAACUACAGGCGCACGGCGCUCCCAGCCGUGACCCCCAUACAGGGGCCCAUCUUCAUCAAAAACGGAUCAGUGCCUGUUGUGCCCCUGUACUCCUACCCAGUCGUCAACAACGGAACGCUCGUCCAGAUACCGGUGAGUGUUAUCAGAACUGCCUUUCUGUUGGUGAUGGUAAGUCUCUUAAAUACUAAGGCUAUAGCUGUUUCAUCAUCAAACAGUAGGUCAUAA